AUGCAGUUCGGUAGUGCCGUUGGCGAAGCAUGUCUCUCGUUCAUCCUCACCAAUAUCGACGAUAUAUUUGUGCUUGUUACGUUGUUCGCAGAAUCAAAGAGUUCACGGAACCUAACUCCUACUAAAAUUAUCGUUGGCCAAUACAUCGGUUUCACUGUCAUCACUGGCGUUAGUUUGAUUGGGUUUGCUGCCGCAGUAGGGCUUCCCUCUGAACCUAUCGGAUUUUUGGGGCUAUUACCACUCCUGCUUGGUGUUUGGAAAGGACUCGGCGUCCUUUUCCCGAAAAGUAUCGAUGAGGAAGAAGAGCAAGAGUCGCAGCGAAUCGCAAACACCAAAACAAUCCUCAAGGUCGCCACAAUAACCAUCAUGAACGGGGGGGACAACAUCGGCACAUACAUCCCUCUCUUCUCCCAAGUUCAGGGUGCAGCGAUUGCGAUAUAUGUCGUGACUUAUUACAUCCUUCUUGGUGUUCUAUGUCUCAUCACUUUUCUUAUAAUGAAGCAGAAGCAUAUUGUGCAUGUCGCUGAGAAGUAUGCUUCAUUCAUGAUACCAUUCCUUUAUAUCGGCCUCGGUAUCUAUAUCACAGUCACGUCGGAAUGCUUCCCCUGGACUAUUCACGAAAUCGAUGGCCAGCUCUUCGGCAACCCAGGCAAGAUCGUCAUGGGCGUUGUGACUUCGUUCACACUAUCUUUUGUUAUGGCAGGCAUGGUCAGCAUCCCCGGUGGUAAUCCGGUAGAUCUAUACGAUACGGUAAACCAGGUCGGGCAUUCGACAGAGGCCCUAACAGAACGCUAA